UGAUAUUCAGCAACUUGUUUACAUUUGUACAAAAUUUCUAAAAUAAAACAAAUAUCAAAUAAAUAAGAAUAAAUACAUUUCUAACAAUUCAAAAGUAAAAAUGAGCGAUCUAAGGUCCAUGUGCCGUAUUUGUAUGACGAAAGAAAACCUCACAUCAGUAUUUUCUAUAAUGGAUGGAGGAAAAAUUAGCGAUAAAAUUAAUUUCGUUUGUGGAAUUACUAUAUCAUCGUCCGACGUAUUUCCUAAACUUAUUUGUCAUCAGUGCCUCUCAUCGAUUAUUAUUGCAUCGUCAAUUAAAAGAAAAGCUAUUGAGACAGAACAAAUAUUUUCCGAAAUGUUUUCAAUGAUUGUAGAUGAUUUAACUGACGAGAGCAUAGAAUAUAUUGAAGAAAAGAAUGAUAAUUCGGAUGACGAGAAGAGUUCGCUUUUAAUAGAAAUGAAAGAAGAUGAAAAUCAGUUUUUGGUUUACGAAGAAGAUCCUGAAAUUAAAGGCCAACCGAAAAUGAAUUAUAAUUUAUCAGAGCAAUCAGUGAAGAUUAACAAUUUAAAUCACUUCAAUUAUAAUUCAGAGCUCAAAAAUUUCGUCGGAAGUAUCCGGCAUUAA